UCCUCCACAAGUCAUUAUGCGCAUUUUCAGCUGAGGAGAUUUCACGGUGGAAUGUCCCACAGCUGGCAUGGACACACUCGGAUCCAAGACUGUGGUUCGGGCGCUUGCUGAAGCGCACUUACGUUCAGAUCUCCAGACGUGGUAGCAGACACCCUUAGUCUCAGCACCAGCAACGUGUCCAUCCGAGGCCUGCUUUGACCGCACAAGUGUUACUCUCCUGUCCAGGCGGGCCAUCACUGGCACUACAUUGUAGACAUCAGUGUCCUACAACUCAGCCACAGCAGCCAUAUGUGAGGACGGCGGGACCUGCCCUUUAGAGCCCUGGGGAACACGGGAUGCUCCUGUUGCCUUGGGUGGCAUCCGGCCCCUCAGCACUCUUCUGCCUCACAUACAGGUGAGCCUGCGGUGUCCUCGUGAGCCACAGAGGCAGCUGAACACGCUUGUGUUUGGGUCGUGCAUAUCACAUUCUUGUUUGGCCUCCUCGUCCCCAGGACCUAAUGGUAUAGUAAAAUGGCAUCAUGUGAUUUUCUGCCAAACCUAUGCAUCUCCCCUCCCGUAAGGCAGUUUGUCAUGGUGAUCAAAAUGUUGCCCAGAGAGUUGAUGAAGCAUGGUGUCAGGGCCAGAGAGAUCGUGCAAUGGGCACGUAGGACUUUGAGUACUCCAUGAGCUCUGAACCAUCUAAGGAAACAGAAUAAGCUCUGGUAUAUUGUGGAGGAAGUGUGAGCAACCGAGGGGGGAAAAAACGAUGCCUGCUCCGUGGGGGUGAGGAGAAUGUGAGGAAGCAAAAAGAGACAACAACGUGUGCAUUCCUAGGAGUCGAGGACGAAGGCUGGUGCUCCUGGUCCAGAGCCACUGGUGCCGCGUCAGCACUCAGGGCUGUGAGGCCGAUUCAGGCUCUGAGAGGAAUAGGAGACAGGGCCCCGGGUCCCUUCCUGGGAGCAGUGGAGGGACCUCUGAUGAGCUUCGAAGGCCCCUAUGCAGGACACAUGCCACCAUUGGAGACUAGGUACCCAGGAUGCUCUGGAGAGACUGCCAAGGCCAAACGUGCCUACCGCUGCUGGUUCUCAAGAGCGCCGUGUUGGCAAACUGAGAUGAAAACCUGACGCGACCCAUGUUUCCGAAUAUUUGCUGGAUGUUGACUAAAUCCUUCAUGAGCAUUCCCUUCAAUUCUUGGAGGGAUUUGCAAAGUAGGUAUUAAGGUUCCCAUUGUAGAGGUGAGGAAAUUGAGACUGAGUGGGGUAAAGGAAUGUCAGAGUUUGGUUUUCCAGAAGCUCCUCUUAAGUAAAGAGUCCAGGAAUGUGGAUUCUUUGGGGAGGUCAUAUCACACUGGUCCGAGUGUGGGGAAGUGUCACAGGGAAGAAACACUUUGAGGCCAGCCUCACAGUUUGCAACCAAAGCUUUAACCUGGAAGGUAUCUCAGAAACGGUACAACUCCAAACACGCACACGCGCGCGCGCACGCGAUCGCGCACACACACGCAGACGCGCGCGCGCACGCACACACACACACACACACACACACACACACAGGUUGAGAUUCUCUUAUUUCAGCCAUGAGGGAGCUGGAGUCUUUAUAAACCCACUCUCCAGAAGCAAGGGUUGAGUGUGUUUUCUCCGUGUGGCAUGCUCAGGCAGCCUGACAUUCUGCUGCGCGUGAAAAGGGCACUUAGGCAUUGAGGUGCAGAGCUGGUAGGCAGAAGUUGUCCCAAACACACCAGUACCCAAGAGAUAGGGUUGGUGGCUUCAGACGUCUUUGGCAGACUAUGGUUGUCACCAUUCAUUCCACUAUGUUCUGAAUUAGCCGGGCGGAUGGAGAAAAUCAUUGGAAGAAACAGAAGAAGAUGGUGGAAUAUGAAUGGGGGGAUGAGGAGAGGAGUAGGGAGAAAAGGAGAAGGGAGGGAGGAAGAAAGGAAGCAUAGAAGGAAGGGGGCAGGGAGGAAGCGAGGGAGAAAGGGAGGAGAAGAAAGAGAGAAACUAAAGAAUGAAGGGAAGGAAGGAAGGCAAGAAGGCACGGUGUGAGGAAGGGAUGGGCAGGCAUGCAGGGAGGAAGGGAGAAAGGCAGAAAAAGAAAGACAGCCUGACAGAAAAAAGAAAGAGCAACCAUAAAUAAAGAUGUAAUGAGCUACGUGAGGACACUGACGAGGCUAGCUAACAAGGUUAGGACUAGAGUCCCCAACUCACCUGGUUUUGCCCAAACUGCCCCCGCCUUUAUGGCCCUGAAAGCCCCCCCUCCGGUGAAAGCGUUCGACCCGAGGAAAAUCAGGGGUCCUGGUCAACAAGGACGUACAUUGACUGAUGGUUGCUUAGUCCCAGGGUACUGCUGCUGCUUCUCCCCACCUGCUUUGCUUCUGCCUCGCCAUGUGGCAGAGAAAACCCCAGACAUCGGCUACGCAAGGGUCUUUGAUUGAACUGAGAUACGCAGGUGGGGUUGGGUGCUACAGGAGACAGAUAACGCCUGUGGGAGUCUUGAAUCCGGCUUCUGUGGGGAAACGGAACUGGGCUCAGGGAACUACCACAUCUGUCCCAGUGAACAUAUCAGCAUCGUGCCCCUCACCUCAGAGAUACUCGCAAUCCACUUACAGUCUAAGGGCAAAGACUGGGGAGGGAACACUGCUGUGAGCCUAGCCACCCCAGCAGAACGUGAUCACACGAUGGAUGCCAUGAUCACUGAAACAAGAACGAUGCUGCUGAUGUGCCCACCUUCCUCGCGUUGGAAAAUGUUGCUGUGAGUUAUUGUCAAAUAGGAAACCAUUAGACACUUAUUUUGUAACGAUUCCUAACAUUUAGGAAACAGCUUCCUCGUUUAUGAUUCCCCCAGUGACUACGGAAAACGAUGUAAACACCAACAAGGAAAGUCCUGCCCAUUGGCCUAACCUUCGGGGGUCCAGCGCAUAAAAGCCCCAGAACCGGAGGAGGCACCAGAAUCUGACAACCUCACCUCCGGACAGGACCCGCCCACCCUCCACCCCAGACACCAUGACCCACUCGUGCUGCUCCUCUUGCUGCCAGCCUACGUGCUGCAGGACCACCUGCUGCCGGACCACCUGCUGCCAGCCCAGCGGCUGUGGGUCCAGCGGCUAUGGGUCGAGCUGCUGCCAGCCUUGCUGCCGCCCAACUUGCUGUCACACCACCUGCUGCCGGACCACCUGCUGCCAGCCCAGCUGCUGUGGGUGUAGCGGCUGUGGACACAACUGCGGUGGGUCUAGCGGCUGUGGUUCCAGCUGCUGCCAGCCUUGCUGCCGCCCAGCUUGCUGUCACACCACCUGCUGCCGGACCACCUGCUGCCAGCCCAGCUGCUGUGGGUCCAGCGGCUGCGGACACAACUGCGGUGGGUCUAGCGGCUGUGGGUCGAGCUGCUGCCAGCCUUGCUGCUGCCCAACUUGCUGUCAUACCACCUGCUGCCGGACCACCUGCUGCCAGCCCAGCUGUUGUGGGUCCAGCGGCUGUGGACAAAACUGAUGUGGGUCCCGCUGCUGCCAGCCAGGUUGCUGAACCCCCGUGUACUGCACGAGAACCUGCUACCACCCCACCUGCUGCGGCCUGCCUGGGUGCCUAGCCCAGGGCUCUGGAUCCUGCUGCCAGCCUUCCUGCUGCUGAUUGCCUCGCCAAGAACCACCAUCUGACUUGCCACUUGGGAAUUGGUCACCGCCAAGCGUUGCGGAAAGCCAGCCCGCAAUCCCCAACAUCUCGGUUAGUCGCCUGCCUGUCUACCAUCUUGUGAACCGGCCCGAUGAAGUUGUGGACCGCUUCUCCCUGAUUCGCUUCUUCUUUCCUUCCUCUGCGUCAUGUGCCAGCUUCACCCAUCCUGAUACAGAGUGAGGAUCUCUGUUUGGUCUCCAUAGUCAAGAACUUUAUCCUGUCCCUCUAAAUACGUCAGCGAAACAACUCCUCAGGAAUGACCUAUAACUCGUGGAAACUGCUGAAAGCCCACACGGGUAUGUUUCCUUUCUCGGUGUACUCAUGAAGCUUGUACGCCUCUUGCUGCCUGUCAUGUUCCCUUUCAAUGUCUCCCUAGACGCGGGGAGUCUCACCUGCAUCUCUUAAUAAAUCCUAAUCAUUUGGAA